GCUCGACGCCGCUCGGUUAAACGUUGCACCAGGUGAUCAGCGUAAACCUCCGACGAGGCACGAUCAGUCGCGAUUUCUGCGAUCGGCGUGAAUCGAGACGUCAGUUGAUUACAGACGCUGGUUUGGAUUGUACGUGCGCAGCAAUGUUUUUCGACGCUUUCCCGCGUGUUGGCAAACCAAGCUCUCGUUGGGAAUAACAAAACGCAUUGCCGCCAACACCCAAAGACUCUUUUAGUGCCGCAACUGACCCUCACGGGCCGUUGUCCUUGACUUGUAAAUAUAGAUGUCAGACGUUUAACUCUUUUUUCGGCUGCGUGCUGUUGUUGUGCGAUCAAGGUUAACUGGACCGGUAGAGAGUGUCGUUAGUUGACUUUUGAGUUCCGAACUUUCGACCAAUAAGAUUCUGCGUAACGAUAGAAAGGAUCGGUUUCAAUCAGGUAACGACACAAUGCCUCCGGCUGCACGGGAAUUUCGCUCUUUGACGAAAAGCUGGGUAAUUUCGAUCGAAGGCCCCAUCUGCUGGAUUUUUGAUAGUCGCGUCCACUAGCAAGGGGGGCCGACCACACGUAUCAGUUACCAGUUGAGGCCGAGUGAGUGGCUCCGAUCCCCCCAAACGAUUUUAUUCCAGAAGUACGGCGCGUACGCAAGCGCGCCCAACCCGUUCAAGCUGGCCGCCAGUGCAUUAGCCACGAUGAAUCCGCAUUAUCAUCCGUAUGGUGGCCCGGCCGAGCUGACGUCACCGCAUCCCCCUUCGCCCGAUAACAACAAUUAUCACGGACACACAGGUGGACCUCCGGGGCCCAUUAGUCGUAUGCAUCCAGCGAAUGGACACGCAAUCGGAUCGAUAGGUCUGCUGAGCGGGCCACACCACCACGAUCAACACCCGCACUCUCACCAUCCUCACCCGGCGUUCGGCAGUGGAGGUGGGGGAGGCGGGCCACCAAGUUCGGACGGCCCCCACCACCAGCAACAGCACCACAACCCUAGUAUAGCGAACAACAACAACAAUAACAAUGGCACGGUGAAAAUAUGUGCGGGUUGCGGCGGCAAGAUCGUCGAACGUUUUCUUUUGCACGCGUUGGACCGGUACUGGCACAACGGAUGCCUCAAGUGUACAUGUUGCGGGGCGAUGCUGGCCGAUAUCGGCACGUCGUGUUUCACUAGGGGCGGCAUGAUACUGUGCAAACAGGAUUACAUGAGGAUGUUCGGCAGUUCGGGAGCGUGCUCGGCCUGCGGCCAAACGAUACCCGCCAGUGAAUUGGUAAUGCGCAGUGGCGGGGGUAGCGGCCCAGGGGCGCAGUCGACACCCGGCGCACCUCUACACGUAUUCCACCUGAAAUGUUUCAUGUGCAGCAAGUGUCUGGCGCCGCUAGUACCUGGCGACCGAUACUAUAUGCUUGCGGGUAGUCUGGUGUGCGAACAAGACUGGCACAAACUGCUCAAAAGUUCGGCGGCUGCGCCCACCGUACGCAAAGGCAAAGUCGGCAGGCCGCGCAGGAGUCGAGACUGAGCACUAGACGACGCGAACAUCGAAACAGUUGGACCAUGGUAGCCGGAAGCAGAUUGGACAAGAGUGCAAUAAAUGGACAAGCAUUUCCGCAAACGAUGGCGGUGACGUAUUUCUGGUUCGGUCUUCCCCAGCAUAUCGUGUUUUCUAGUGAUAAAAACUGACGAUUGAGGUUCGCUCUCCAGGAUACUUUCAAACGUUCUGUGUAAAUCCGUGCAGCGGUCAAGUUCGACUAAAUCAUUCUGUACAUAUGUAAUCUUGUUUUCUCUUUUAUGUUUCUCUCGUCGAGGAGUUGUGUAAAAAGCUAAUUAUUUCGAAGAACUGUUCAAGGCCGAUAUUUCAUUAACAAAAUCGCGCGAAUUUUUA